CCAGUGCAGCCUCCCAGCUGGAAGCCAAUCUCGGCGCCUUCCCCUCUCUCUACCUCCUCCGCCGUCUUCCUUCUCUCUCUGCCGCCCCCUCUUCUUUCAUCUCAUUAUCAAAUCUCGCCUUAAAAGGUCUUCCAUUGCGCUUUGUUUCGGUGAUCGCACCCCAAAAAUUCCCUACUCCUUUCCUGCCUCUCUUCUUGCGAACCGAGCUCAAAGAUCCGUCUUUUGGCCUCUGGUUCGGUAAAGGUGGGAUCUUGACGCUUGGGUAGCUGAGACAAUGUGGGGAAGGAGAUUUGUGGGGGAGCUCUCCUCCUCCUCCUCUUGCGUUGCUGCUUUCUUCCUGCUGCUGCUUGCACUGGAUCAUCCAGGUCUGGUCACCGCCCAGACCCCCAAGGGCUCUUGGCAAACCUUGACCGGUAAUGCCCCGGUGGUAAUAGCAAAAGGUGGUUUUUCAGGGAUAUUUCCUGACUCUAGUGACCUUGCCUACAAACUUACAUAUCUUGCUGGUUCAUCUGAUACAAUCUUAUGGUGUGAUGUGCGGUUGACAAAAGAUGGUGUUGGUGUUUGUCUACCGGAACUUACGAUUAACAAUGGUACAAACAUUGAUGUGGUUUAUCCGCAGGGGAAAAAGAAUUACCCUGUCAAUGGAGUUCCUACGUCAGGGUGGUUUUCUGUGGACUACAGUAUUAAUGACUUAUCGCCAGUUUUAUUAAUGCAAGGAGUUCUUUCUCGAACUAAUAGAUUCGACGCUAGCUCGGUUAUCCUUACUGUUGAAGACGUGCAGAAACAAGUUAAGCCACCAGCCCUUUGGUUGAAUAUACAGCAUGAUAUGUUCUACACGCAGCAUAAUUUGAGUAUGAGAAGCUAUCUUCUUUCUUUAUCAAAACGUGUUAUUCUGAACUAUGUCUCAUCGGCGGAAGUGGUUUUUCUUAGCAGCAUAACACGAACAUUCAAAGCAACCAAAACAAAGUUCAUUUUCCGCUUUCUUGAUAAAGCUGCCAUUGAACCUUCUACAAACCAGACAUAUGGUUCACUAUCAAAAAAUCUCACCUUUAUCAAGACAUUUGCCUCUGGAAUUCUUGUUCCCAAGCAAUAUAUUUGGCCUGUAACAUCUGAUCUCUAUCUACAGCCUCACACCUCUUUUGUCCUGGAUGCCCAUAAAGAAGGACUGGAAGUAUUUGCAUCGGGCUUUGCAAAUGAUGCACUGAUUAGCUAUAAUUACAGUUAUGAUCCAUUAGCUGAAUAUCUUUCUUUCAUUGACAAUGGGAUUUUCUCUGUUGAUGGUGUGCUGACAGACUUCCCUAAAACUGCAUCAGAGGCCAUAGGUUGCUUUUCUCAUAUAAAAGCAAAUUACUCUGAACAUGGAAAGCCGCUAGUUAUCUCACAUAAUGGAGCUAGUGGAAUCUACCCUGACUGUACUGAUCUGGCUUAUCAACAAGCUGUUAAAGAUGGUGUGGAUGUUAUCGAUUGCCCUGUUCAAAUGACCCAAGAUGGCACUCUUAUAUGCAUGAGCUCUAUAAACCUCAUUGAUGUUACUACAGUCACAACAUCACCCUUCAGUUCUCGUUCUUCCGUUAUCCCAGAAAUUCAGGGUGGUCCUGGAAUUUUUACCUUUAAUUUGACAUGGGAAGAGAUUUCAAAGAACUUGAAACCUACAAUAUCAAGCCCGGAAGUAGAAUACCAAUUGUAUCGAAACCCUCGAUAUAAAAAUGGAGGAAAUUUCAUGAAGUUAUCUGAUUUUUUAGAUUUUGCAAAGGACAAGGCUUUAUCUGGAGUUUUGAUCAGCAUUGAGAAUGCUGCAUUUCUUGCAGAGAAACUAGGAUAUAGUGUCACAGAUGGUGUUAUCAAGGCAUUAAAAGAUUCAGGUUACAGCAAUCAAACAGUUCAGGAAGUUACGAUUCAGUCCUCCAAUAGCUCAGUUCUGGUCAAAUUCAGGCAGCAAACAAAAUAUAAGCUUCUCUACAUGGUUGAUGAAUCAAUUAGUGAUGCUGCACCUUCCUCAAUAGCAGACAUUAAGCAGUUUGCUCAUUCAGUGGCGGUAAGCAAGCAAUCCAUAUUUCCGGAAACCUGGAAGUUUGUUGUAGGGCAAACUGAGCUUGUGAAGACGUUGAAAUCUGCUGGCCUGAAUGUAUAUGUAUAUCUGCUAAGGAAUGAGUUUGUAUCUCAACCAUGGGACUUCCUCUCGGAUCCAACAGUAGAGAUCAAUCAGUAUGUUCAGGGAGCUGGUGUUGAUGGCAUCAUUACUGAUUUCCCUGGGACAGCUACAGUUUAUAAAAGAAAUGCUUGUUCAAAAUUGGGUGAUAAAGCACCAACAUAUAUGUUGCCAGUUCAGGUCGGUGACUUGUUGGGGCUGAUGGCUCCUGAGGCACUGCCCCCUGCACUAGCUCCAAUGCCGGUCCUGGAAGUUUCUGAUGUGGUCGAGCCACCUCUGCCACCUGCUUCACAGAAGCCUGGUGGUGGAGGGAAUGCAGGGCCACCUGCUUCACAGCCUUCAGGUGGGCCACCAAGAUCAGUUGUUGCCUCAGCCAUAUCUUUGGCAAUGCUCUGUGGAUCUCUUCUGCUUAUUUGAGAUGAAGCGGACGACCAUUUUUACUACAGCAUCUAGGGACAUCACGUUUUGACUGCAGCAUCUAGGGACUUUUCAUCACAGCUCGAACUAUGGAUCCAGUUAUUUAUUUCUUGACUGCAAUUCUUUUUUCCUUUUCGCAUUUUUUGAUUACCUUUUGCUUGUUCAUCCUUAUGUUCAUUCUACUCAGAACAUCAAGGCUUUCUAUAGCAUGCGAACAUGAAGUGAAUGUAUAUUCUUUUUGUGAAUUUAUGGACUUUUGA